GAUCAAUGCCACAACAAUUUUCAUCCUCAUUCUUCGCAAUUGACCUUGCGCUUUUGCCAUGAGUUACUGCAAAGAUUUGACAUCCUCAUUAUGGAUGGGUUUGACAACAAUUCGAUGGUUCUUUUGGACAUGACCGAUGUACGUCUUAAAACUGCAUAUUUGACCGAUAAACUCAUUUCAACAUCGCUUGCUCCGUCUGCGCAUCUACUCAAAGACCGACAAGCUGUCCAAAACGAACAAAAUACAACCAUCGAAAGAAACCCCCAUAUUACCAAUCAUGGAUGACACAGAGGGCAGCUCAAACUCGCCGUCUUGGUCUCCAAAUGCUGACCAAAUUCCACACGCUUAUACCGAAUUUGCGUGGGGAGCUGAUAUAGACAUAAACGAUAUUGACUUGGAGUGGAGUCAUGCCAGUGGAGAUAACUUACAAUACCCACCAGGGACUGACUUCAGUGGAGAAUGUUAUAAUAGUGGCUUCUAUGCUGUGAACGAGCCAGAAGUGCUCCCUCCACCAAACUGGAAUAAUUCGAACGGGACACUGAACUUAGCAAAUUUGGAUGAUAUCGAUAACCUCUUGUCCAUGUCUCCUGUAGAUAUGAACAGGAUCAUUACAAACCCACUCUCAUCACUCGAUUAUUCCAUUGACCCAAUCUUUCCGGACACUAGUACCGACUUUCUCGCUAACGAUAUUCAUUGCGAUCCAUUCCCAGCAACUUUCAACCAUACGGAGGCCCAACAAGCUUAUGAGCCUUAUCCAAUCGACUGGGCCACUCACCUACCGAUACUAGACAACACUGACUGGGAUGCAAUGCAAUCUUCGCUAUAUAUAAGCUCGUCUACUGAAGUUCAUCUCCCUUCAAUAUUUUCCGCCACACUAUCUCCUACUUCAAGCAACUCUGAAAUCAUGUCAUCUCCCACGCAAUAUUCCAAUACCAACACUUCCAUCUCAACAUCUCAAUCCAAUUCCAACUCAACUACACCCUCAAGUGAUCGAUCUACAUCCAAUUCACCGCCAAGCACCCAGAACGAAUACACGUGCAUAAUUUGCUCCAAAACAUUUUCUAAGCGAUUCGAAUUCAAUAAACACAAACCCCUCCACACCCUCCCCCACGCAUGCACCCUCUGUCCGCACCGCACAGCCCGACGCAGAGACAUGACGCGCCACAUCGCCGCCAAGCACAAGGACGUUGGUCCCUCGGGCCCCAAGUCGGUGUCAAAACCUAUUUGUCCCGUGGAUGGUUGCAAACAGGGGUUUGCGAGAUCGGAUCAUUUGCUUAGACACUUGAGGAGAAAACAUCCUGGAUAUGAUUUGAGAUCUUGAGGUUUCCGUUUCUCUUUUUUCUUUCUCUCUUGUAGAGGUUUGAUUUAGCAUGGCGUUUAAAAAAAAUGCCUUUGGUAUAUAGGCGAACGAAUUUAAUCA